GCCGGUGGUAAAUCAGUGAGAUCUUAAUUAGUUUCUUGUCGAUACAGACACAUAUUACAUUCGCUACAAUCAUGAAACUGUUCGUGGCUGGUCUACUUUUGUGCAUGGCAGUUGCCAUAUCUGCAGAUGAAGUCAAAUACACCACCAAGUACGACGGUGUAAACCUUGAUGAAAUCUUAGCAAGUGAUCGCCUUUUGGGCAACUAUUUGAAGUGUCUCAACGACGAAGGAAAAUGUACUCCAGAUGGAACUGAACUGAAACGAGUUUUACCUGACGCUUUGCAACACAACUGCAGCGGCUGCAGCGAGAAGCAAAAGGCCGGAGCAGAAAAAGUCAUCCGUUUCCUAAUUCAGAACAAGAGCGAAGAAUGGGCUAAAUUGCAGAAGAAAUACGACCCUACUGGUGAAUACACCCAAAAAUACCGUGACCAGAUUCCCCAUUAAUCUCCAAUAAAAUUAUACAUUUUUUUAUCAUUACUAAAAUAUUAAAUUAAUUUUAAAACUGUUGACUGACUUCUGUGAAUAUUUUUAAUUAUAUUGAAAAACGCAAUCGUUGAAAAAUAGUUAUA